AUGCCUUCGGACCCGGCCAGCUCGUGCCACGUGAUGGACAACCGCAACCGACCCCAGAGCUGGGGGAAGUUCAGUAGACUCUCCGUCUCCAGUACUAACAGUGGACCAGUCAUCACUUUCACCAGUGGAGAUGUCUGCAGAGAGCAUGUCAAGGGGCUGAACGAAGGUGCUGUUCUGGUCCAGUUCUUUGACUUCACUCCUAACUCUGGGGAGAAGGCCUGGAAGACAGACCACAGCGGAAAUGAGUACUAUGUCAACUUGUGUGGAUCAAUUCCAGAAUUCACUGGAACGUCGAUGUGGAUUCAGACGAACUCAACUGACGGUUUCUCUCACGCUAUUGUCAAUAUGGAGUGUGUGGACGACAGUGCUGACGUCAGCAGAGCUGAAACUAUGAAGUUUGUGAAAGUCACUACGUCCACCGCUGGCAGUGAGAGGCACACAUUCUAUCACUUCAACAUAUGGACCAAGAAAGGCUGCUCCUUUACAGAUAAUGGCGGGGACCACAGUGGUAGCAGUGGUUCGUCUGGCUCUGGUGGUACCUCAUCGACCGUUGUGGCUCUGUUGGGCACACUAGUGGUACUGAUGGUAGCCACCAUUUUUCUUGCCUUUAUCUUCUACAAGAAAGAGAGACAGGAUAGAUUUAUUAACUUGUUCAAGAACAAGUCAUCUGAACCGGUCAAGUAUGAAAAGUUACCAAUGACUCUUACCGAGGAGACGUCUCUACUGGAGGAGGGUAGUAGUGGGAGUGAAUAUGGGGAGGGGAGUGGGGAGGAAGAGGGGGAAGGGGAAGGAGGGAAGGGAGGGAAGAGAAGACCCCGUGACAAAGACGAAGAACUCAUUAUUUUAUAG